AUGCUGGAGACGCGGUCGGCGCGCGCCGCAGACUCGGUGUGGGCGAACAAGCCGCUGCCGGCGCCGCACGCCAUGGCCAACACGAGGCACGGGAAAAACGCACAGGACGAUGUUUGUUACGUGGUCGCUAAGUACGACUAUGCGGCCCAAGGCGCUCAGGAGCUGGACCUGCGCAAGAACGAGCGGUAUCUGCUGCUGGACGACUCCAAGCAUUGGUGGCGGGUGCAGAACGCACGCAGCCAGUCGGGAUACGUGCCCAGCAACUACGUCAAGAAGGAGAAACCUUCGCUCUUUGACAGUAUUAAGAAGAAAGUGAAGAAGGGGUCGGGUUCGAAGACGUUGCCGUCGAACAGUUCCCCGGUGCGCGGCGGCGGCGAGGCGGGCGGGCGGCGCGUGGAGCCGGCGGACGCGCUCGGCACCGCCGUCGUCAAGUACAACUACCAGGCGCAGCAGCCCGACGAGCUCUCCCUCACCAAGGGCACGCGCAUACUCAUACUCGAGAAGAGCAACGAUGGCUGGUGGCGGGGACAGUACCAGGCCCACACUGGAUGGUUUCCAUCGAACUACACUAGCGAGGAGGGGGACAAUGAGGACCCCGUGCAUACGUACGCCAUGGCGGAAAAUGUGCUCGACAUAGUGCCGUCCCCGCAGGUGGCGCUGUACUCGUUCACGUCGAACAACGAGCAGGAGUUGUCGUUCGAGAAGGGAGACAGACUCGAGAUCAUCGAGCGUCCGCCCUCCGACCCCGAGUGGUACAGGGCCAGGGACUCGCGCGGACAUGUCGGGCUCGUGCCACGGAACUAUCUGCAGGAACUAGCUGACUACCUCACCACGCCCUACAGCGAGGGCGGGUCCGGCGGGUCCGGCGGUUCCGGCGGUCGGCCGGGGCCGGGCGCGGCGGCCGGGCGCGCCUGGUACUACGGCGCCAUCACUCGCACGCACUGCGACGCACUACUCAACACGCACGGACACGACGGAGACUUCCUCAUACGGGACUCGGAGACCAACGUGGGCGACUACUCGGUGUCGCUGAAGGCGCCGGGGCGCAACAAGCACUUCCGCGUGCACGUGGAGGGCGCGCUGUACUGCAUCGGGCAGCGCAAGUUCCCGUCGCUGGAGCAGCUGGUGGCGCACUACCAGCGCGCGCCCAUCUACACCAACAAGGCGGGCGAGAAGCUCUACCUCGUGCGGCCGCUGCCCAAGGCCACGCAGCCGUGCUGA